GAGGCAUCUUUCCAAAGUUGAAGAAUAUCAACUUGACAAGCAUGAAAAGAUUGAGACAAAUAUGGCAUCCCAAGUUUCCUUUACGUUCCUUUGGCAAACUGCAUGCAUUAAUCAUAGACGAGUGUAAUCAACUUGUAAAUAUUUUCCCUUCAUAUAUGGUCGGAGGUUUUUUAAGUCUAUGCGACUUAAAGGUUACUAAUUGCAAGUCAAUGGAAGAGAUAUUUGACUUCAAAGAUGUUGGAAAACGUCGUGCUAGGGAGAUCACCAGUUUGCAAAAUGUUCAUGUAGAAGCACUGCCAAAAUUGAAGCGCGUAUGGAAUAAAGACCCAGAAGGGAUUCUUAGAUUCACAUAUUUGAAAAAGUUAUGGGUUCAAGACUGUGUCAACUUAAAACACAUAUUUCCAAUUUCUAUAGCCAAAGAUCUUAAAAAUCUUGAAUACCUUGAAGUCUGGAAUUGUGGUCAGAUGAAGGAAAUCGUUUUCAGGGGGGAAACUAUCAACGUGAGUAGCGUUUUGUUUGAGUUACCUAAACUAAGCACUGCCAGGUUCUCGAAACUGCCAAACCUUGAGAGUUUCUUUGGGGGAGCACAUGAAUUACAUUGUUCAACACUCGAUAAUUUAUAUGUGGAACAUUGUCACAAACUCAAGCUUUUCAUUGCAAACCCAGAAAUAAGGCCCGUCUUCUUGCCUGAAGAGGUAAUUUGGAAUUUGAAGACCAUCCAAAUAGAGGCAAGUGAUGAAAAUUCUUUGAAGAGAUAUAGAAUGCACAAAUUAGAAGAGUGUCAACUAUCUAGAUUACUGGAUAUUGAGAUUCUAUAUUUUCUCCUUCAUAGAAAUCCUAAUCUGAAAAGCCUAUUGUUGAGUAAUUGUUUAAUUAAGCAGUUAGUGCCUCCGAGAUGCUUUAUUAAUGAAAAAUUGGGGGUUGUUCCAAUGCUCAAAAGCUUGAUGCUAAUGAACUUACCUUCACUUAAGAUGAUAGGCUUUGAAGAAGAUGCAAUACUGUUUCAAAGGUUAGAGUGCUUGAUUUUAAAGGAAUGUCCAUGUCUAAACAUUAUAGCGCCUUCCUCAGUAUCUUUCACUUGCUUGACAAAUCUGGAAGUGAGUAAUUGUAAUAAAUUAAUCUACUUAAUGACACCAUCAACUGCAAAAAGCUUGGUUCAACUCACCACCAUGAAGGUAAUUCAAUGUGACUCGAUGGUAACCAUUGUAUCAGAGCCAGAAAAUGAAGAACAGAUGCAAUGGAUUAUUUUCAGACAACUGAAGGAAAUAGAACUCGAUUCUCUGCCUGAACUCGAAAGUUUUUGUAGCUCCAACUGUUGUGUCUUCGAGUUUCCAUUGUUGGAGAAAUUUGUAGUGAGCGCAUGUAGCAAUAUGAAAAGCUUCACAUUCUCUAAUCAAGUCAACGAGACACCAAAUUUACGACAAGUGUUUCACUGUGUUAGUGCUAUUGAGAACGAAGACUAG